AUGCAGCACGCGGGCCCUUACCUUCAAGUUGAGGAUGACCUACUUCGUGGCGUGUCACUUCGGAGCACUUUGAAAGGGCUGGGCUGGAUGUGGCGAAAGAGCGCGCUGCGCGUCCCUGAAGGGACGUGGCAACGACAGUGGGAAUGCUUGCAUCGAGUUCAGACGUACAAUGUGUUCAUCUCCCACACGUGGAAGAGCUCUGGUUCGUUGAAGGUCCUGGCACUUAUGCUCAGAUGCGGCUGGCAGACCGCAUUGUCUUUCUGGCUUUUUUCACUCUUCGCCAUUGUAUUUGUGCAAGUAGUGUUUCCGGAUGUGCCCCAGCCUUUCAAACUGGACAAGCCCGUGAUAAGCUUCGAUGCAGAGUACCCGCUUGCGCCAUGGCUGCUGAUUGCUGGCCCCUUGGCGCUGCUCAUGGGUCUCUUCUGCACUCCGUAUUUUCCGAAAUGCUGCCGGCUUAGCAAGGAGGAGACAUGCUUCGUGGAUAUCGCGUGCAUUCAUCAAGCAGACGAAGCACUGAAGGAGCGUGGCAUAUACGGCAUUGGUGGCUUCCUGCGGCAUGCAGAAGAGCUACGAGUUCUGUGGACUCCUCCCUACCUUACACGGCUGUGGUGUGUUUUUGAGCUGGCAGCCUAUCGUGUGGCGAACCCAACUGGGAAAAUCUCCCUUGCACCGAUCUUCAUCGAGCAUUCGGUUUUCAUCCUCGCACCCGCGUUCUGGGCCGCCUCCUGGUGCUACAGCUUGUCGUUGGCAGCCGGACUUCCCAACUAUGGCUACCUCCUCGGCGAGGCCCUUCCUAUUGGCGUUGCCUUGCUUCCACUCCUGGGUUUUGUUCAUGGCCUCCGGCGAUUGUUUCGGGAGAAGCACAAGCUGUAUGAAGAUCUCAAACAGUUCAAGCUCGCAUCGGCCGAAUGCAGCGAGCCGUUUGACUACAUCUUCGUAACCUCGGCCAUCCACAGGUGGUACGGCAGCGCAGAAGAGUUUGAGCGCUUUGUUCAAGGACCACUGUUCAAUGAGAUCUCCGGCAAUUCUACGAAGACAGUGGAUGUGCCACUGGCAUACUGCUUGCUCCUUGUGACUGCUCCGGUCAGUGCCACAAUUGAUGAGACUAUCGGACUAUGGAGCGCUGGGGCACCGGUGGAUGUGGUUUUGUCUUCCUUACUUGGCCACGCCUAUUCCAUCGGUGUCUGUUGUUCACUGGUGAGCAUCAAGCUGCUGUACUACCUUUGUGAUCGGUUCGCUGUGGCAAGACGCCCUGGCUUGAUCGACUACUUGCAAACCGUCCUGAUCUACACCUCGUGGUCUGGAUUCUUCCUUCUUGGAAGCUACACAGGUGAGCUGUCCUACCGGCAUAGCCUGAAGGCCGCCGCCUGCCAUGCUAGUAUCACCACAGUGGUGGCUGUCUUCGUCUGCUCAUGGAAAUUUAUCUCAGACAGCCUCUCUGCAUGCCGACGGCUAUUGAAAGCCAACGACAAGUUCCCAAAACAGCCCAGCGCAUAG